AUGAAGACCGACUUUGCCGCGUGCCUCACCAACCCCGUUGGCCACAAGGGCUUCGGUCUCACUGCCGAGCAGGUCAGCAAGAAGUUCUCCUUUGAGUAUGAGGAGAACGGCGAGAAGAAGCAGGGAACCCUGACCCACGGCAGCGUGGUGAUCGCCGCCAUCACGUCGUGCACCAACACCUCCAACCCGUCGGUCAUGAUCGCCGCCGGCCUCGUGGCGCGCAACGCCGUUAAGAAGGGCCUGAAGGUGCCGUCGUACAUCAAGACCUCGCUCGCCCCCGGUUCCGGCGUCGUUACAGAGUACCUCAAGAAGAGCGGUCUCCUUCCCUUCCUCGAGCAGCUCGGCUUCAAUGUGGUCGGUUAUGGUUGCACCACCUGCAUCGGUAACUCUGGUCCUCUUCCCGCCUCCGUCUCCGCCGCCAUUGAGGUACCCUGUCCCUCCACUCUCCCUUAUGAGAACGGCGUAGAUGAUGAUUUCUACUUAUUGGUCCGUGUUGAUGAUAGGCUAUGGCCAUGA